GUUUGGCUUGAGCAACAAGUUUGAUACAGAAUUUCCUUCUGUUCUGACAGGGAAGGUUGCCCCAGAAGAAUUCAAGACCAGCAUCAGUCGCGUGAACGCCUGUUUACGAAAGAACCUCCCUGUCAAUGUAAAAUGGCUGCUUUGUGGCUGUCUGUGCUGCUGCUGCACACUGGGCUGUAGCCUAUGGCCUGUAGUCUGUCUUAACAAAAGAACUAGAAGAUCAAUUCAGAAGUUACUAGAAUGGGAAAAUAACAGACUAUAUCACAAGCUUGGUUUGCACUGGAAGCUGAGUAAAAGGAAAUGUGAAACUAGCAAUAUGAUGGAAUAUGUAAUAUUAAUAGAGUUCUUACCAAAAUAUCCCAUAUUUCGACCUGACUGAGGAACAGCAUUUGAUCUUUCAUGUUACCUGUCAUUUUCUACCCUUAGUGCCUUGUAGAUGAUUUUGGAAAGAAGAUGGUCUACUUUGCUGUGAUUUAAAACGUUCUUCAGUAGAAUAUCUUCCUUGUUAUGUUACUUUCUUUUGUUAAGAAGAGAACAAUUUGCACAUUUUUUUUAUGUUCAACAAGGCUUCUAUGUUGCACUCUGAAUUUUUAACAUUAACUGAUAUAGUUGCCACUAGGGAUCUAACAUCAGUGCUGCUUAAACUUGUUCUGAGCAUGCUGCCUUAUUACUUUCUAUAUUCCUGGUCCUCAAAUAUGCAUCCUAACGCUGUGUCAUACUAUAUUUCAUUCUAAAUGUCACAAUCCUAUAAACCCUCAGUAGAAAUGUCUAGGUAAGUGUCUAAUAGUAAUGAUUUUAGUAUAACUUGCUUGCAUAGGACUUGCAAUCAACAGCACUGGUUUUGUCCUGCACUUUGCAAAAUCAUCAUUUACAUUAGGGGGUUAAUUAUUUUACCCACUAUGGAGUUGUAAAUAUUGACUCUUUGCAUAAUGUAAAGUGUGGUAUGCCAACGUUUACAGAAUGUAAUAUAGCUCUUACUCUGCUGCCACCAGUCUGGCAUCGUUUUAUUCAUUACAUUUGCUAGGAUCCCUCUGCCUGUAUAGACCCAUUCACAUGCUGUUUUUAUGGUAAAGCCAUAAUAAGUUUGUACGUACUAUGAGAUGUGUAGGGCUCAGUUGCACUUUGUUUAGUAAAUGGAUGAAAAAUGCAUAGCAUGUCUGUCUUUUUUUUUUUUUUUUAAGUAUUUCAGGUGUUGUUUG